AUGUGGUAUCUGGCGGACGAGAUGAGCGACGUGUUUCACGAGCCCCCUUCCCCUCACCGGAUCAACUUCUACUUCGUCGACGUCCCGUCCUGGUUCGACCUGUCGCUCACCGAUUUGCGCAAAGACGAUCCUCGGCGUCUGGACCAAGUAUUGACCAAGCCGAACACAUCCUACGGCUACUUACUGGAAGUAACAGGAUACGCCAACGAGGUGUAUGAAGACACUGAGGAAGAGUAUGCUCGCACGUGGCCCCACGAAAAGGUCUUGGAACGCAUCUUCAACCAGGUCCAUUGCAUCUCCCGAGAGCAGAUGCGGAAACGAGUCGGCAAAGAAACCUUUGAUCUAACAUUUGCUCCGAAGGACAUCGGUGCACCAUCGUCCUCCAACCAGGCUGCGUCCAACGGAAGCACGCCCGUAUCCUACGGAAGUAGCUCCUCAGGUAUGCAAGAUCCGGGAUACCAACCCACUGAUGAGUCGAUGAUGAGUCGAGCCAUUCUCUACGCCGCGGUAGAAUAUGAUGGCGAGAGUCCAGGAUCCAGUGGCUGA